GGAAGACAAAACGGGCGACGUGUCAGGAAAAGAGAAGGGAAUAAAUGGGCGAAGGCAGUCUGGCCGCCUAAGUAACCUUUGUGCAGAUUCACACUUUUUUUGUUUUUUGCUUGUUUGAUUUUUGUCGCAAACAUUGAUCUGUGUUGGAUAACAACUUACUAGUGACAAUGUUAACAAAGUUUGAAACGAAGUCGGCCCGUGUUAAAGGUCUGAGUUUCCAUCCCAAAAGACCAUGGGUUCUCGCCAGUCUGCACAACGGAGUAAUCCAGCUGUGGGACUACCGGAUGUGCACACUGAUCGACAAAUUUGACGAGCACGAUGGUCCUGUUAGAGGGAUUGAUUUCCACAAGCAGCAACCUCUUUUUGUGUCUGGUGGAGAUGAUUACAAAAUCAAGGUGUGGAACUACAAACUGAGGCGGUGCCUCUUCACCCUCUUGGGACACUUGGACUACAUCAGAACGACUUUCUUUCACCAUGAAUAUCCCUGGAUUCUCAGUGCGUCGGAUGAUCAGACCAUCCGCAUCUGGAACUGGCAGUCAAGAACCUGUGUGUGUGUGCUGACGGGCCAUAACCACUAUGUGAUGUGUGCCCAGUUCCACCCUUCUGAAGACCUGGUGGUGUCGGCCAGUCUGGACCAGACUGUGCGAGUGUGGGAUAUCUCUGGUCUGAGGAAGAAAAACCUGUCCCCGGGUGCAGUGGAGACAGACGUGCGCGGCAUCUCUGGGGUUGACCUUUUUGGUGCCUCAGAUGCUGUUGUCAAGCACGUUCUGGAGGGGCAUGACCGUGGCGUCAACUGGGCAGCCUUCCAUCCCACCAUGCCCCUCAUUGUGUCUGGAGCUGAUGACAGACAGGUGAAGAUCUGGAGGAUGAAUGAGUCCAAGGCAUGGGAGCUUGAUACCUGCCGUGGCCACUACAACAAUGUGUCCUGUGCAGUGUUCCACCCUCGCCAAGAGCUCAUCCUUUCCAACUCUGAAGACAAGAGCAUCCGGGUGUGGGACAUGUCCAAGAGGACCGGAGUGCAGACUUUCCGACGGGAUCAUGACCGCUUCUGGGUGCUGGGAGCGCAUCCAAACCUCAACCUGUUUGCAGCUGGUCAUGACAGCGGGAUGAUUGUAUUCAAGCUGGAGCGGGAACGGCCUGCAUACGCCGUACACGGCAACAUGCUGUACUACGUGAAGGACCGCUUCCUCCGCCAGCUGGACUUCAACAGCAGCAAAGACACUGCUGUCAUGCAGCUCCGCAGUGGUUCAAAGUUCCCGGUUUUUAGCAUGUCUUACAACCCUGCUGAGAAUGCAGUUCUACUCUGCACUAGAGCAACCAACCUGGAGAACAGCACCUAUGACCUCUACUCCAUUCCCAAAGAAAGUGACUCCCAGAACCCUGAUGCACCAGAGGGUAAAAGGUCGUCUGGACUGACAGCCGUUUGGGUGGCAAGGAAUAGAUUUGCUGUUUUAGAUCGUCUGCACUCCCUUCUGAUCAAGAACCUGAAGAAUGAAAUCGUGAAGAAAGUCCAGGUGCCGAGCUGUGAGGAGAUCUUCUAUGCAGGCACAGGCUCGCUGCUGCUGCGUGACGCUGAGGGCGUCACGCUGUUUGAUGUGCAGCAGAAACGCUCUCUGGCCACUGUCAAAAUCGCCAAGGUCAAGUACGUGGUGUGGAGCGCCGACACCAGCCAUGUGGCUCUGUUGGCAAAGCAUGCUAUAAUGAUCUGCAACCGUAAGCUGGAAAGUCUCUGCAACAUUCAUGAGAACAUCAGGGUGAAGAGCGGCGCCUGGGAUGAGACUGGGGUCUUCAUCUACACCACCUCCAAUCACAUCAAAUAUGCCCUCACCUCUGGUGAUCAUGGCAUCAUUCGGACUCUGGACUUGCCCAUCUAUGUGACCCGUGUGAGGGGCAACAGCGUUUACUGCCUGGACAGAGAAUGCAGGCCCCGUGUUCUCACCAUCGACCCCACGGAGUACCGCUUCAAGCUGGCCCUGGUCAACCGCAAAUACGACGAGGUGCUUCACAUGGUUCGAAACGCCAAGCUGGUGGGCCAGUCCAUCAUCGCCUACCUGCAGAAAAAGGGCUACCCUGAGGUUGCCCUGCACUUUGUGAAAGAUGAGAAGACUCGCUUCAGUCUGGCUCUGGAGUGUGGAAACAUUGAGGUGGCUUUGGAGGCCGCCAAGGCCCUAGAUGAGCGCAGCUGCUGGGAGCGUCUGGGUGAGGCAGCUCUGCUUCAGGGCCACCACCAGGUCGUGGAAAUGUGCUACCAAAGGACCAAGAACUUUGACAAACUCACGUUCCUUUAUCUCAUCACUGGGAAUUUGGCCAAGCUACGCAAGAUGAUGAAGAUUGCUGAGAUCAGGAAGGACAUGAGUGGUCACUACCAGGCCGCUCUCUACCUGGGAGAUGUGAGUGAGCGGGUGCGCAUCCUGAAGAACUGUGGACAGAAAUCCUUGGCUUAUCUCACUGCAGCCACUCAUGGGCUGGAUGAAGAAGCUGAGGCGCUGAAGGAGACCUUUGACCCUGAAAAGGAGACGGUGCCAGAGAUUGACCCCGACGCACAGCUGCUGCAGCCGCCUCCACCCAUCAACCCCCUGGACACCAACUGGCCUCUUCUCACCGUGUCAAAGGGCUUCUUCGAAGGAGCCAUUCCAGGAAAGGGAGGCCAGAUGGCUGCAGAUCUGGACAUGGAGGCUGCUGGUGGUGAGGGCUGGGGAGACGAUGCUGAGCUUAACAUGGAUGAAGAUGGUUUCAUGGAUGCUCCUGAAGGAUUAGAUGAGGGAAUGGUCAAAGAGGAGGGUGGAGGCUGGGAUAUUGAUGAAGAGGUGGAGCUUCCUCCUGAGCUGGAUCUUCCGUCUGGAGCAGGUGGUGGAGUUGAGGACGGCUUCUUCGUUCCACCCACCAAAGGAAUGGCUCCAACCCAGAUGUGGUGCAACAACUCCCAGCUGCCUGUGGACCACAUUUUGGCGGGCUCCUUUGAGACCGCCAUGAGACUCCUCCACGACCAGGUUGGGGUUGUGAACUUCGACCCCUACAAGCCUUUGUUCAUGCAGACUCUGUCCAGAGCCCGCACCUGUUACCUGGGGCUGCCAUCGCUGCCCUGCCUGCGUGGUCAUCCUCAGAGAAAUUGGAAGGAUUGUGGGGCAAAGCAAGGGUUGCCCGCCGUGGGACUCCGUCUGUCUGAUCUCAUCGCUCGCCUGCAGCAGUGCUACCAGCUGACCACUGCUGGGAGGUUUGAGGAGGCCGUGGAGCGCUUCAGAGCCAUCCUUCUCUCUGUGCCGCUGCUGGUGGUUGAUAACAAGCAGGAGAUAACAGAGGCUCAGCAGCUGAUAACAAUUUGCAAAGAAUACAUAGUGGGUCUGACCAUGGAGACUGAAAGGAAGAAACUGCCGAAAGAUACGUUGGAACAACAGAAGAGGCUCUGCGAGAUGGCUGCUUAUUUCACCCACUGUAAUCUGCAGCCGGUGCACAUGGUUCUUGUGUUGCGCACAGCCCUGAAUCUCUUCUUCAAACUGCGGAACUUCAAAACAGCUGCUGGCUUUGCACGACGCCUCCUGGAGCUUGGACCAAAGCCAGAUGUUGCACAACAGACGCGCAAAAUCUUGGCCGCCUGCGAGAAGACCCUGACAGACGCUCACCAGCUGAACUACGACCCCCACAAUCCCUUUGACCUGUGCGCCGCCUCAUUUGUUCCCCUGUACCGCGGCCGUCCUGUGGAGAAGUGCCCGCUGUCUGGAGCUUGUUACUCCCCCACCUUCAAAGGACAGAUCUGCAGGGUCACACAGGUGACUGAGAUCGGAAAGGACGUGAUUGGUCUGCGUGUGAGUCCACUCCAGUUCCGCUAAGAAGACGAGAAGAUCAGAGAAAAGAGGACGGAUAAAGAAUUAACAUUGUUUAUUCAUGUUUGCUCACUGACAUGUUAACCUCUUCAAUGUCUUGCUGUGGAUAUAACCCAUGGUCCUAUAGAAAAAUCUGCUUUUGUGCAAGUGCUUCUGUUUCAUCUUUGUGUUUUAAAGUCUGUAAUAUUCUGGACUUUACGCUUUUCUCAUCUAAAUCUCUCCAAAUAAAUGAUUUACAAUAUGUGUAUCUGGAAGAAAAUCCAAUAAAAAUGCUUGACGGGAAUAUC